AUGGUGAGCGAGGAGAGCCUUUCAGGGCCGGUGGACCGAUACAGGGGGGGCUCUCAAUACUCUGAAGGGGAUGCAGCCGACUCAAGGCGUACUUCCAAGUCUGUAGUGCAACUGGAAAUACUUCUUCGUGAAACAGAAGCCGUGAGGGAGGGGGAAGCAGACGAGGGGCAAGAAAGGGGGGGAUCAGAGGGUGGAGAUCCACCAAUUGAAGAAUCGCCAGAACAAAACCCGCUGGAAGAAGAUCCACCGGAAGAGGAUCCGCCGGAAGACGUUCAGCGAGAGGUAGAUCCGCCGGAACAGGGGCUUUCGGAAGCCGGACACGGGCGCGGAACUCCGGUCUUUCCUUUCGACCUCAAUCGGCCUUACAGUCCUCAGGCAGCCACCCUCCGGAAGUCCGUUCCGUUCUUCUCAUUCCCGUCGCAUGAAAAGCCAGCGGAUCGCCCUGGUCAAGCGGAGUCUUCGCAAGCUCAGCGGCAGUCGCCUAGCCUGGAACUUUCGCUCAUGCCCGCAGGACUUUCCGUUGCCCUUGAAUCCGGUGGCGGAAACGGAAACCAGCAGAUCGGAGCGGCGAUGAGGGGCGGCUUCAGCGAUAGGAUCAACGCCACUCCCGGGCACGAAACGACGUUCCGCGGACUGGUGCAACUCCCGGUUGGUGAGCGGAGCCGCGCAGCGGCAUUCGAGCUCGCGCGCGCGCGCGAUCAGCCGGGGUACAUGCUGGCGCACCGCCGGGCGAUCAUACAGGGCGGGGGCGCAUUCCGGCCCGUUCCGGCGCGCCGGCCGGCGACCGCCCCGGCGCGUCCGCGGGCAAGCAGUCGCCCGUGGGCCCCCCGUCCCGAUGCUCUGCACGCCCGGCACGCCCGCGGAAACUGGCCCGAGGGACCGCUCCCAGUCCCUCCUUGGCUCGCUGCUGCCUUCCGGUCCGUUCGGCAUCCAAACCCGAACCUUAACCCCGGCGUAGGACGGAACCCUGGACAAGAAGCAAACCCCGGUUUAAACCAACAACCAGAUCCAAGUUCGAACCAAAAUCCUGGUUCAAACCCUGGCUCAAACCCUGGCCCAAACCCUGGCUCCAAUCCUGGCCCAAACCCUGCUUCGCACCAGGGUUCAAAUCCUGGUUUGAACCCCGGCUCCAACCCUGGCCCAAACCCUGGCUCAAACCCUGGCGAGAUUUCGGGUUCAGGCGGACAAUCAAAGUCGAACCCAAAUCCAAAUCCGGGUGCGGGCUCAAACCCAAAAUCGAACCCGAACCCGAACCUGAACCCGAAGCCGAACCCAACCGACCACCCAAACCCGGACUCAAACCCCGGCGAACAAGAAAGGCGCCCCGAGGAGCGCUAUCGGGUGGUUCAGGAGACCGGGAUGAUCCCCCAGAUGUGGCCGGAGCUCGCGGCGGCUUUUCACCAGGAGGCGCCAGAGCUGUUCGGCCCGGAAGAGCGGUACCCAAGUCGGCACAGCGAGUACGAACCGGCUUCCAAUCAGCCUGGGCCAACUCUUCUGGAGCUUGGGGGGAUCCCUCUCGGGCUGACCCAGGCGGGGGAAGGGGCGCAGUUCGAGCAGCGGUUCAGCGGAAGAUCGGCGUUCAGAUUCGGCCCGGAGUCGUUUCAAGAGUCGCAGCCGUUCGGGGACACGCGGUACCAGCGGCAGGCGGAGAUGGGGACCUGGCCGGGACAACCGGACACGUGGCGGCUUGGCACGGCUUUAGAGCAACCGGGUCAGGGGUUACAAGGACAGCAACCAAGUCGACAGACGCAGGAGAGGCGGGCUCUCGAGGGGUGGGAAGCUGAGUCAGGCGGCAGGGUUCCCGGAAGGUUUGCACCAAGUAGAGAGAGGCAUGAAUUCCAGGCGCUCGGAGGUCCUUAUCAAGGGAGAGAAGUGGCGGGGGGAGGGAUGGAAAGCGCGCGCGCGCCAGUUCUGCGGAGGCCGAGUUACCCUGCGGUUAGGGGCGAGAUUGGGGUUUACGCUUCACAGCCGGGGGCGGGGGUUUCUUACGGUGCACGGGGGAGGGGUCCUGGAAUGGGUGCAGGUUCCGUUCCUGGUUCCGUUUCCGUCCGGGGAGAGGUGGGAAGAGCCGGAACGAGCGGAAGGCCCAGUGCAACGGAUACGCAAGUUCCAAUGGAGCUUCUUCGAGAGCUCUUUCCUUUUGGAGGCGGUUUUGAUGAAGCUCAGGGGGGUAUGGCCGAUUUUGCCUCGAGGGGCGAGGAGAUGAAUCCAAGCCAGGCGGUAUUCGUUGAGAGCGAAAAGGGUCAACUGACGACCUCAAAGAGAGGCCAAGAGAUUGGGGGAUCCGGGGGAGGGAUGAGGAGGGGAGCGGAACGGAAAACGGGCAGAACGGGCGGAACGGCCGCCCUGGCGGAAGAAACUAGAGUGGGCCAAACGGUUGAAGCAACUAGGAGGGGCUGGAUGGAAGAAGAAGGUGGAACGGGCCGAGAAAAAAGAGUGGGCGAAACGGGCGGAACGGGCGGAACGGGCGGAUUGGGUGGACUGGGCGGACUGCAAGAUAUGGGAGGAUUUGGUGUCGCGAGGGAGCGGCCCGCCGAGGAACGGGAUGAGAGAGAGCGAAGCAGAGGAAAGAGGAGCAUAGAAGAAAGUAGCGAGGAGCAAGACGAGGCGCGGCCGCGCAAGCGCGGUGGCAACCUGCCGCGCCCGGCCGUCGACCGCAUGGGCCAAUGGCUGCGUGAGAAUUUUCACCAUCCGUACCCAACAGAGGAAACGAAGCAAGCUUUGGCCGCGGAAACAGGACUCACAGUCACCCAAGUCAGCAACUGGUUCAUCAACGCGAGGGUGCGAAUCUGGAAGCCGGCGCUUGAAAAGAUGCGUAAAGAAUCCGGACUAUUUCCUAGCAGUCCGCCCAGGCCAAGCAGUGUGUAG